CCCAAAUGUUAACUGCUUCCUGCCCAGUGCCAUUAGUACAGUGUUUGUGCUUUUUAUUAGCACUGGUCACGGUAAUGGUGUCACUGGGGAUGUCAGUGACACCAAGUCAGUUCCCCCCAGUCUUAGAAUACCCGCCGCAGUCCCGCUAUAAGUUGCUGAUCGCUGCCAUUACUAGUAAAAUAAAAAUCCCAGUAUCUUUCCCGCCAUUUGUAAAUGCUAUAACUUUCACGUAAACCAAUUUAUUUACACGUAUUGGGUUUUUU